AUGAAGUUCAAUAUCCUCACCGUCUUUCUCUCGGUCCUUUCUACAGUAGCUGUUUCUACUGCAAGGGAAUACCGCCCAGCCUUAUACGAACGUGGUGGGAUCUACUUCCCAAAACGGGACUCUGGACAGACCACCUACAGGAGCCAUAACGGCCGUGCCUGGGUCAGAAACCCUGAGCCAUACGACUACCAAGACAACUGCUACCGCCUUGGUGCUCGCUCGUUGAACAAGCCGAGCAGAAGACUCGCUGGGCGCGCUCCACCUAGUCCCAAGCGCAAAUCGCCGGCUAAGGCGCCGGGCAACUCUGAUGCCCCCGACCCUAGGUACGCGAUCCUCAUCAAAGCAGCAGGGAAGACAACCUUCACUGCUGGGAAACGCUACGCCUUACUGGAAAAGGCCAAAUUUACAAAUAUCAAUGACUUCCUUCAUCACCGUCUGGUGGUCGGCACCUACAAGCUAGGUGGCGAUGGCAAACCCAUGUUUACCGAUACAGCAUACUAUGAAGUGACCAAAAACUCAAAAGAGCCAAAUAAAGGCCAGUGCAAAAUAAGCAGCGGUCCUUGGAGGGCAGAUAUGGCAGCAAAUUUCGACGUAUCGUUCCUAGGCGCGGUAAGGCAGGGGGUGAAUGUGAAAGCGGAGAGUGAUGCAUACAUUGGACAGGAGUAUUCCCUCGCAGCUAGCGUCGGUGGCAGAGGACAAAACUGCCAAACCUAUGCUUCAGGUCUGUGGAAGAGAAUUAAAGAAUAA